UUGACACGUCGGUGAAAAUCAAAUAAUUUCAAGAACAGUUGUUAGUUAUUUGUAAACAUAUAUAAGAAACUGUAAAAUAUGAUCGAGACGACUAUUCGAAAAAUAUUGUUCGGGGCAGCGAUUUAUGUUGUUUUAUCUUCUCUGAUCAUCUUUGUUCAUUGGAUGUGGUUCAGCAACUAUGAUGUGGUGAUUGGACGAAAAAUGCAGAAACCUGUGAUGAAUCCUAAACAACGAAUUUUUAUUAGAGGACUUGGACUUCCAUCUUCAUAUGUUGAGGCCCAAAAAAAGAGAGAUGAGGAAAAUGCAAAGAAUUAAUAUUUUUAUUUUAUAAUAUAAACAUUUUACUAGCUUA